UGCCCCGGGGAUUCCCCACCUGCCGCCGCCCCAUAAGAGCCCGGUGGCGGCGCCGGUGGCGGCACCGACAGACCGACAGACAAUGGCCUCGCUCCGCUGCAUCCUCCUCUGCCUCUGCCUCCCGCUGCUGCUCCCGCCACCCGCGGCCCCGGUCCCGGUCCCGGACCGCCGCACCGACUGGGCCGCCUGCAGGAGCCUCUCCCGGGAGCUGUCGCGACUGCUGGCGACCCUGAAGGAGCCGCACCCGAUCCUGGAUGAGAUGCACCUGAGCGAGGAGGACCCCGAGAACUGGCCCCCCCGGAUCCGCUGCAGUGACGCCUGCGACCCCUCCACGCUGGACACCAACAACACGCGCUGCCUGCAACGCAUCCGCCAAGGGUUGCAGCGCUACCAGGACCUGCUGGGUUCCGAAAUCUUCACCACCCACCGCCUGCCCCAGCUGGAGACGGCGCUGGACCAGCUGCUGGGCCACGUCCAGCAGGAGCACGGCCGCCCCCCCCCGCACCCCAUGUCCCCCAUCGGGACCUGGGACCGGCUGCUGCUGCGGCACCUGGCGCUCCAGCGGCUCCAGUCCUUCACCGCCGUCAUGAGCCGCGUCUUCACCCACAGCGCCAGCGCCAGCCCCCGCUGA